UUCCAGGAAAAACAGACAGUGGAGAUGUAGAGAAGAAACAAAUUAAUGCUCAAUCACAUAUACUGCAAAAUCAAAAUUUAAAUGACGUUGAAGAAAACGAUAUGAACCAAGGUAAUGCUAAUAAAAAAAAUUCAGAUACACUUCGAGUGGAACCUAUGCAAGUGGAAGAGCCACUCAAAAAACUUGACAAGGAAGACCUUAACCCACCAGACCAUCUUGAUGCAGUUAGAAUGGAGCAAGAUGGACAUCUUAACAAAGAUUGGCGCAAAGAAGUCUUUCUCGGGGAACAUGAAGAUUUUGAUCAAAGCACCAGAGAAGAACAAGAUCAAAAGUUAAAGAUGGUGUUUUACAGAGUGGACACAGAUAAAGAUGCACACAUAAGCUACACUGAGAUGGAGACCUGGAUACAGUCUAAGGUCAAAGAACAUUUUGAUGAAGCUGCUGAAGAGAAUAAUAGAAUCUUUAAAGCAUUAGAUACAAACAAAGAUGGUUUUGUUUCAUGGACAGAGUACUGUAUCCAAUUUCUGGUUGCUCAUGGAUAUGACCAGAAAACUUCAGAGAAAUACAUGGAAGACUAUGAAAUAAUAGAAGUGAAUGAUGAAGUACGAGAUCAUAU